AUGACAGAUCCUUCAGUGGUAGAUCACCUGGCACAACUGAAACUCAAGGUCCUAGAAAAGAGACUAGAAAAUGAACAGGAGAACCUGGGGAAGAUGGAGUCACCUCUCCCAACUGCAAGGAACAGACAUGAAUAUAUGCUCCAAAGUGCCCUAAGGCGAAGGAAAGAUCUCCUGCAGGAGCUUAAGGAGCAGCACCUUCUGGAAGAGCUUUCACAGCCCCCUGCACCAGCUGGAGGACGCUGUCAUAACCACAGACCUACCCCCCCACACAUCUACCAGAUACCUUUUCCAGGUCCCCAAGGAGAGCCACCAAGGAUUAUCCAGCAGACGAUGCCACCUCAGCCUGCCACCAUCAUCCAGCAGUUACCUCAGCCGCCCCCCCUGAUCACGCAGAUCCCUCCGGCCCAGCCUUUUGCAGCCCCCCGCUCUGGAAGCAUUAAAGAAGAUAUGGUAGAGAUGAUGCUGAUGCAGAAUGCUCAGAUGCACCAGCUCAUCAUGCAGAACAUGAUGCUGAAGGCUCUGCCACCGAUGGCGUUCACACAGCCUGCUGGAGCCAGCUCUCCCCUGCUUCAGCAUGCACAGCAGGACCUGCAGUUUGCUGCUCCCCUGGCUGUGAAAGCAGAGAGGUCCAGGCCAUCUGCGGUGCACCACCACCACCACUACCCUCCCACAGGGGUGCUCCCCAUGCCCCAUGGGGGUUUCCCGUCCACGUCCAUGGCACAUCACUGGACUGGGAGCAUGCUCCCAGCCCUGCCUACGUGGCCCACAUACUGACAGUACGUGUUCCUCUACAAAUGGACUGUAGCAUUGCUGAGGUCAGCCUGUAUUUGAACAGUUCCUAAAUGAUCUGUCUGAUUGUCAACCUAAUGUCUGUAAGACUGCAUGUUGUUGGUACAAGAAGUGAGCAGGAGAAAGACGGCAGAUGUUCAGAACAAACUUACCAUGCACCUGUUGUCUGCUCACCCAUUUCUGCUAGUUCAGUUGUUUCCUCUCAUCCUCCAAGGCCAGACCAGCCACAAGCAAUCGCCACUUUUGCUGUCUCUUCACAGAAUCAAGAAAACCCAUCCCAAAGUGUCUUGCAGGCCUGGCAGCCCACAGCAGCCCCUGGGCAUAAAAUAAUCUUAACACCAGUGUUAUCUGAGCCCUUGCAAAUGAGUAUGACCCAGCUCCAGGGCUAAGAGUCCCCUUCAUGUGCAAAAGGAGGAAAUGUCCCUUGCAAAGGGGCCUGCUGCUGUCCUGGGGACUAACCCAGGAUGCCUGAAUAAGGGUUUAUCAGCCUGAAGUGUUCCUCCCCCAGCGUUUUUGGGUUUACUCCCUUACAGAUAUACUUGUCCUACAGCAAUUACCUAUCCAGGGAACUAAAGGUGAGCAGGAACAAUCCAAAUGCAAGUUACCUGCAUAGCAGAGAAAAACCCUAGCAUUGGAUUUUCCUGAAGACCAGCACUCUGCCCU